CAUAAUUAUUAAACAGACCCUCACUCAUGUGUUAACAGGAUAGUCUUUGGUGUUGACCUUGUUUUGAUUGUCGUUCCAUCACUUUUUUUCAUUAACAGUUAUUUUAAUAGUUAUUAAACAAUGUUUAAGCGUGUUUUAAGUCGGGCUUCUAUGCUCCAUAGCUUCAGGAAUAUCAGUGUCCAACGACCAGCUCCUAAUUUCGAGGCUACUGCAGUUGUUGAUAAAAAAUUUACGAACGUCAAAUUAAGUGAUUAUCAAGGGAAAUAUUUGGUCUUAUUCUUCUAUCCUUUGGACUUUACCUUUGUUUGUCCUACCGAGAUAAUUGCUUUCAGUGAUCGUGCAAAUGAAUUCCGUGCUCUUAAUGCUGAACCAGUUGCUGUGUCUGUUGAUUCCCAUUUCACUCAUCUUGCAUGGGUCAAUACUCCACGAAAGGAUGGCGGCUUAGGACAAAUGCAAAUUCCUUUGAUUGCUGAUUUGAAUAAACAAAUAUCCAAAGACUAUGGUGUUCUAUUAGAGAAAGAAGGUAUUGCACUUCGAGGACUUUUCCUGAUUGAUCCAAAAAGUAUUGUUCGUCACAUUACCAUCAAUGACUUACCAGUGGGUCGAUCUGUUGAUGAGGCUUUACGUGUAAUACAAGCUUUCCAAUAUGUUGAGAAACAUGGUGAAGUUUGUCCAGCUAAUUGGAAACCCAAUGCUCCUACUAUUGAUCCAAAGAAUGCCAAAUCAUACUUCGAGAAAGUGAAUUGACACAAUAAUCUACUGGAGUAGUUAUAAAAGUGUAUCACCUUAGAUGAGAAAAUCGAAAAAUUAUCAUCUCUGUGAAUUGAAGAGGGAGGGUAAAAGGUGUUAAUCAAAGUUAUAGUUGUGUAAAAAAUCCACCACAAAAUUACCAAUAAACUUAUUCAAAAACUUUAAA